AUGUCAAAGCGUUCGUGGAAUGAAGCUAAUAACCUGCCUUCACCUCACUCCUUGCCCGGAGGUUUCAAUCAGACGAUAACUUCACCUGCUCAAUCACAUCACUCCCACCAUUCCUCAAUUCACGCUCCAUCACCUAAGAAAUUACGUGCCUCAUUCGAAGAGACUAAGCCGGUCGCUCCUCGUCCAGCACCUGUAAGGACUGCAAGCAUCGUGACUGCGACCAACAAUGCAGCCGACUCAAGGUUGCCUGGAAUAUCGCGUAAGGUCAAGGCCUGCGCAGCAUGUCGCAAGCAGAAGAUCAAAUGUAUUAUGACUGGUGACCCGCCAUGUCAGCGGUGCAAAGAGCGAGGCCUAUCGUGCAAGUUGAAUAAGAGCCUGCAAACGUUGAUGAGCGAAGACUCGAGGUGGAAGGCUUCAGUGACCAGAGACAUUACAGCUGUAUAUGGCUCACUUGAAAGAGUGCUACAACUGCUUAACCUGCCCGAGUUGCCUGCCCUACACUUGUCCACAACGGAUCCCGCUAUGUUCUUCGAGACCGAAGAUACUGCUGGCGCUGAUGAAGACGAUGAGGAGCCAAGCGACAACCACAGUCCCAAGGUGACUCCAGUCACUGACCACUUGAGUCAUGUCCCUAUCGAGAGCUUAUACCAGAUAACUGGUAUGAAGAGCUUGCGAGCUUCGGAAAAUGUCGACGAAGACCAAGUCAAAAUAUGCAAGCAACUCAGAGACACCGACUUUGUUUCUCGCGGCAUCGUCAAGAUUGAGGAUGCCGAAUAUCUUGCUACUUUUUACUUGAACAAACUCGAUCCGUACAUAUGGCAUCUCGCUAGUGACUAUACUGAUCUUGAGUCUUUCAGAAGCCGAUCGCCAACGUUGACUGCGUGCAUCCUGACUGUUGCUGCCCUCCACGAUACUACCAGGAGUCAUCUGUAUACAGUCUGUGGAAAGGAGUACCGAAGACUAGUUUCGAAUGCCAUGUUCGAACGAAAGAUCGAUAUUGAAUACCUACGUGCUCUUGUCAUCGGCUCUUACUGGCUGUCAGACAUCUCUUGGACUCUAUCGGGAUAUGCCAUACGACGGGCAAGCGAAUUUCAGUUCAAGCAAUGCUAUCAGAUGAUUGCAGAUUCAGUUAAAAAUGCCACUAAGGAUAUUGAUCAGAAAAAGUUGGACGAAGCUAUGGUUGGACUUCGUAUCAUCUACCAUUUGUACAUCUGUGACCAUCACCUCUCUGUACUUUAUGGCCGCUCAAGCAUUAUGCGUGACAACGAAUCUUACAUCAUUGGUUGGGAGAACUACCUUUCUUCCCCCUUGGCUGCUGCCGCUGACAGACGUAUUGCAGGCCAAAUUUGCUUGAUGUACCUGAUGAAUCAGAUACGAGAGAAACUUGGACCUGAGGAUACGACCGUGCCUUUGCCUGAGAGCGCGAUUGAGCACAUCAUACAAUAUGAAGCAAACUUGGAUGACUGGAUUGCUCGGUUCUCGCGCCACAAUGCACACGACCUUAUCGGACAGUGGCCAAACCAAGGUGCCAUCAUGCAUUAUCACUGGGCCAAACUCUAUCUAACGUCCUACUCAUUACGUGGACUGCCCGAACACUCGGCUGUUAUACCGGAGCACUUCCUCGAGUUUGCUAGUGCUGCAGUUGGGGCUGCUACCAACAUCAUCAACUUACUGCUCGAAGACAAGGAUGCACACAUGGCACUUGCCUAUGUACCUCACCACGUCCAUGGUAUGAUCGCUUUUGCAACCAUGUUCCUCCUCAAAGUAGCGACACGGCAUGCAGAACAGCUCUUCAUUGACAAGAAUCACCUUGGUAUGCUGAUGGGGGCGCUGUCUCGCCAAUUCAGGUUGACUGUCGUCGGCAAGGACCACCUGAUACAUCGCAUGGCAGAGGGUGUGGAGAAGAUGGCCGAUAUGCUGACCAGUAAAUCACGAAAUAGGACACCACACAAUGGCUUGGCGGAUACCAAAAGCUCGAAGAAGAAUGAUAGCAACACGGAUCAAGUGGACCAAGAUGACAGGACAUACAGUGAAGAUCGUCUGGUCCAAGCUCUGGCUAACGGUCCAGUCAAUCCGAGCGCAGGUGUGAACGUCAACUCGAACGGUGUCUUCGAUGGUUCUGGAGUCAUGAUGCACAAUUUCGAUUUUAAUGACCCUUCAUUAGGACUUGGGAUGCCAUUCUUUGAUUUUGAAGGGACGACGCUGAAUCCGGCGGAUGGCAGUAUGUGGACUUUUGAUACGUGA